AUGCAGAUGAAAAGUAUGCUCUGUCUCAGCGACUGUCAGGUGGCGGUGCUCAAAUGGCUUCUGAAAAAUUUCCGUCUUGUAAAUCCCUUUCCUAGUUUAAAGAAACUGCAGCAGUUCGUGAAAAGUGUGACUAGUGCGCAGCCGUAUAACAUCGAAAUUGAGCAGCGAUCUCCGGAGAAAGCUACUCAAUCCGCCCGUUGUCAGAUGAAGAACGUGAGAGAAGCGCUUACUGAGCGUGUUAAAAAAGACCGGUCCACUUCUCCCGUCAAGGUUACCAUCUCCGGAGACAAAGGAGCGGGCAGUACUAAAGUAGCGCUCUCGUUCUGCGAGGGAACGAAAACGAACUCCACAGAUAACUGCAUGAUCGUCGCUCUGUUCACCGGCAACGACAACCACGCCGACAUGAGAGAAAAUCUCCCGGAAGUCAUCAAUCAGCUCCGCAACCUGAAAAAUGUUCAAUUUGCAGAUGAGAAUGGAACAGUGGUUGAAAAACAAAUUGAGUACUUUUUGACGGGAGACUUCCGGUUUUUGAGCGCAUGCUUUGGCCAUAAAGGCCCGAAAGCUACCAAUCCAUGUUUUCAGUGCAUGGAAGACUCGCAAAGUCUCAAGAACCUAAAAAACUGGGAUGUGAAAAAGAAGUCGCAGUCGCGCACGUGUCAGAGCUAUGAACAUUAUGCAGAAACUGGAGAGAAAGGAGUUCGACGUGGUCGAGUUGUUCUGUUUCCACUUGUGUUACUGGACCACAUCAUUCCACCGUCUCUCCACAUUAACCAAAUGGGACAGUCAUACGGAAGUUCAGCGGGACUCGAUGUCACAAUUGAUGGACCGUGAUUCGGCCAUGAACAAGCUUUAUGAGCAGCUCGACUACCACAAGAUUUUGUUCAGAAUUUACGUCAAAGAUGAGGAUGAACUCCGAAUCAUCAGGGAAAUUUGGGGGGAUAAGCUGACCGGAGACGAAAAAGAACGUGCAUUCAAAUAG